UUCAGUUCGCUUUCAGUUUGUCAACGCGUCGCAUGCGUUCGUCGUGCUCUGGCUAGAUAUAUUCGGAAUUGUUUGAAAUCUAACGAAAUAAUUUGCAUACGAAAGCAGUGAAUAUCUUCUGUGUGUGUGUGUGUGACAAACAUAUUUAUAUAAAAAGCUAGAGGAAAAUAUUUUGCAACAGCUCAAAUAAGAAACCCUCAACAAGUUGUUAACCCCUUUAUGGUCAUGUCGCCCUAUGCAUCCUGCGUUCUCCUGCUGGGGUUGCUCUCCCUCGCUCUAAGCCUGAGUACAGCAUCUGGUGUCCUACGUUGUUGGCGCUGCUCCACAGACGUGUCCAACGGCGAGUUCUGCAACGAUCCAUUUCAGUCGGAGAGCAUCUCGGAGCAGCAGCGCUACUGGAGCUAUGUGAAUUGCACCUAUUCAGUGGGUGUGAAAUCGGUGAAUGCGCGACCCGUCUGCAAGAAAUUGGUGCAGGAAGUCUACGGCAAGCGGGUAAUUUCACGCUCCUGCUUCUACGAGGAUGUGGAUGAUCCGGCAGACAAAUGCGCCAUGGACACGACCUCAUCCUACAUCAAGACCAUUUACUGCCGCACUUGCACCACGGACGGCUGCAACUCGGCUGGCGGUCUGUCGGGCUUGGCGGGGCUGCUGGUGUUGCCGCUGCUCGCCGCGCUGCGGCAGCUAUGCAAAUGAGCCAAUGGCUGGGAAAAGUGAAAUGAUGUGGGAGGAGACUGCACUUAAUUGCAUGAUGCGAAUGAAGCAAAACUGAAUUUAAAUCUUACAAAUUCCUUUGAGCAGACAGGACACAAAAACA